AUGGCAUCUCAAAACACAUUUUCCGAUUUUAAAUUGGCAACUGAAUUACCAGCAUGGUCCAAAUUGCAAAAAUUGUACGACACUGAAGGUAAGAAAAUCAAUGUCAAAGAUGAAUUUUCCAAAGAUAGCAAACGUUUCGAAAAAUUAUCGAAGACUUUCACGAAUUACGAUGGAUCCAAGAUCUUAUUUGAUUUCUCCAAGAAUUUGGUCAAUGACGAUGUCUUGAGUGCAUUGAUCGAAUUAGCCAAGGAAGCCAAGGUCACUGAAUUGAGAGAUGACAUGUUCAAAGGUGAGCACAUCAAUUUCACCGAAGACCGUGCAGUCUUCCACGUCGCCUUGAGAAACAGAGCCAACAAAGUUAUGAAAGUCGAUGGUGUAAAUGUUGCUCCAGAAGUCGAUGCUGUUCUUGCACACAUGAAAGAAUUCAGCGAACAAGUUCGUUCAGGUCAAUGGAAAGGUUACACAGGUAAACAGAUUACAGAUGUUGUUAACAUCGGUAUUGGUGGUUCAGAUUUGGGUCCAGUCAUGGUCACCGAAGCUCUGAAGCACUAUGCAACCAAUAUCAAGGCCCAUUUCGUCUCUAACAUCGACGGUACCCACAUUGCUGAAACUUUGAAGGUAGUCAACCCAGAAACUACUCUUUUCUUGAUCGCUUCCAAGACUUUUACAACAGCAGAAACCAUCACUAACGCUAAUACUGCAAAGAACUGGUUCUUAUCAAAAACCGGUAAUGACACAGCUAAUAUCGCAAAGCACUUUGCCGCUCUAUCAACAAAUGAAGCUGAAGUUGCCAAAUUUGGUAUUGAUACCAAGAAUAUGUUCGGUUUCGACAACUGGGUUGGUGGUCGUUAUUCUGUUUGGUCAGCAAUUGGUCUCUCUGUUGCACUUUACAUUGGUUUCGAUAACUUUGAUGCCUUCUUAAAAGGUGCCGAAGCUGUCGACAAGCAUUUCACUGAAACUCCUGUAGAGGAUAACAUUCCAUUGUUGGGUGGUUUACUCUCUGUUUGGUAUAACAACUUUUUUGGUGCCCAAACUCAUUUGGUUGCUCCGUUUGAUCAAUACUUACACAGAUUCCCCGCUUAUUUGCAACAACUUUCAAUGGAAUCUAAUGGUAAAUCUGUUACUAGAGGUAAUGUGUUCUCCAAUUACUCAACUGGUUCCAUUCUUUUCGGUGAGCCAGCAACCAACGCUCAGCACUCCUUUUUCCAAUUGGUUCACCAAGGUACAAAAGUCAUCCCAUCUGACUUUAUCUUGGCUGCUCAAUCUCAUAACCCAAUUGAAGGUAACUUGCAUCAAAGAAUGUUAGCAUCAAACUUUUUCGCUCAAGCUGAAGCUUUGAUGGUUGGUAAAGAUGAACAACAAGUUAAAGCUGAAGGUGCUACUGGUGGCUUAGUCCCACACAAAGUCUUCUCAGGUAACAGACCAACAACUUCUAUUUUGGCACAGAAGAUCACACCAGCUACUUUAGGUGCUUUGAUCGCUUACUAUGAACAUUUGACUUUCACUGAAGGUGCCAUCUGGAACAUCAACUCUUUUGACCAAUGGGGUGUUGAGCUAGGUAAGGUUUUGGCUAAGGCCAUUGGCAAAGAAUUGGACGACUCUUCCAAGACUUCUUCUCAUGAUGCUUCCACCAAUUCUUUGAUCAACCAAUUCAAAUCAUGGGCUUGA